AUGCUGCGCUUGAAUCGUGAGAGCACUUCUAGUGAUGAUGACGACGAUGCUCAACAGCUGUAUCCAGCAUGGAAGAUGCACGGUGAAACGGCUACUGACUGUGCAGUCUGUCUCGGCGAAUAUAAGCCUGAUGACCCGGUCUGCGAGCUUGAAUGCGGUCAUGUAUUCCAUGAGGACUGCCUAUUCAA